UUUGGUCCUUUCUUCUUCUUCGAUGAUCAAAAUAUUCAGUAUAGUCAGCAAAUUUCUGGUUUUGGUUAAGCAAAAAUGGGUUCGGUAAAGCUAACAGAGCACCGUACAGUGACGAGAAAACUCGUGAAAUCUUCUUCUUCUUCCGCUUCUGCUUCGAAGUUUUUCACGAGAGUUGUACGGAUUUCUGUGACGGACGAGGACGCGACGGACUCGUCGAGCGGAGAAGAGGAAGAGGAGAGUUCGACAAUGAGGGUGGUGAAGCGGCACGUGAACGAGGUGAGGAUCGAGGAGUUCUACUCGGAAGCUUCUAGAAAUUCAAGGCCGGAGAUCGUCAGGAACGGAAGGAAGACGGCGGCGGUGAGGUGUUCCAGCGAGGAGUAUUUUCCAAAGGGGAGGAAGUUUCGCGGAGUUCGGCGGCGGCCGUGGGGAAGGUGGGCGGCGGAGAUCAGGGAUCCGCUCCGGCGGACGAGGAUUUGGCUUGGGACUUACGAUACGGCGGAGGAGGCCGCCAUGGUUUACGACAAGGCCGCGAUUCGGAUCAGAGGACCCGACGCCCUUACCAAUUUCGGAUCAUCCUGCUCCGAUUACUCCUCUGAUGACGCCGUUUUGGUCUCCGACGAGUUUUCGGAGUCGUCGCAGGCUGUGUGCUCGCCGACCUCCGUUCUUAGAUUUCGGCCUCUGGAGUCAAAGCCUGGUCAACUGGAGAGUGGAACUACUAGUGGAGAGAAAUGGAAUUUGGCGGAGGAUUUUCUGCUUUUGGAUUCGGAUUUCUUGGGAGAUUGUUUGUACAAGGAGUCUCCACCGCCGCUGUUCGCCGUCGACGAGGUCGGCGUGCCGGCUGCGAUUCCUGAGGAGGAAUACGGCGACGUUUUGGUGGACUUGGACGGGGAUUUCGGGUCGUGUAAAUGGGACGUCGAUCAUUACUUUCAAGACCCAUUGGGCAUUGAAGAAUUAUCAUGAGCUCAAAAGAUUGAUUGAUCUGAAUGACUUUGGUGGUAGAUUCCGAGUGGAGUUUUGAUACAAUAUUUAGUGUG